AUGGGCUUCCUCUAUUCUCAAGUCUUUGUCCGACCGAUAUAUCCCACCCGCUCCUUCGAGGGCCAAACGGUGCUCAUCACCGGCUCGAAUGUGGGUCUUGGCCUCGAAGCUGCUCGCCAUGUGGUCCGACUGGGGGCUGCACGAGUGAUUCUCGGUGUACGAAAUGUACCUGCUGGUGAAGCUGCCAAGGAAGAGAUUGAAAAGUCUACUCGUCGCCCGGGAGUCUGCGAAGUAUGGGAGGUCGACCUGGCUUCCCACAGUUCGACUCUGGCCUUUGGCGAUCGAAUCGCCCAGCUCCCUCGCCUCGAUGCUGCAAUUCUCAAUGCAGCAGUAGCCACUCGAACCUACCAACAGGCCGAGGGAUAUGAACGAACUAUUACCGUGAACGUGAUCAACACCCUGCUCCUCGCACUCCUCAUUCUCCCCCGACUGAAGGCCACUGGACAAGAGUUCCCAUCAUCUCAGCCCCGUUUGUCCUUUAUCGUUAGUGAAGUCCACGCUUGGGUUGAGUUUACCGAAUGGAAGGACACAGACAAGACUAUGCAGCUCCUCUCGGAUCCCAACAAGGCCAAGAUGGGGGAGCGAUACCCAUUGUCUAAAUUGUUAGAGGUCUUGCUCGUGCAAGAGCUCGCAGGUCGGACGCGCGGCACGGAUGUGAUCAUUACCAUGGUCAAUCCUGGACUUUGCCAUUCAUCUCUUGGCCGCGAAGCGGGCUGGCAACUCACCGCAAUGAAGCUAGUAUUGGCGCGAACCACUGAAGUAGGAUCACGCACCCUGGUAGCUGGCAUCUCCACCGGUAUCGAGGGACAUGGUUCCUAUAUGACGGAUGCUACGGUGGACAACACUAGUCUUUCACCAUUUGUCCGCAGUGAAGAGGGACGUCCAGCUCGGGAGAAGCUUUGGAGGGAAUUGUCGGCAAUCCUUGAACCAAUUCGCCCUGGUAUCAUGCAGAUCAUUUGA